AUGCCGGAUCCCACCCCUAACUCCCAGAACGCCCGUCCCACUACGCGCAGAUCCAUCUUCGACACUGGCCCGACCUUUACGCUCGAUACCUUCUCGAACCGUGAUUUUAUCGUGAAGGACUUUAUCGAGUCUCUCUCUGACAGUGCAAUUUCAUCUACCCAGCGCCGAUCCGGUGCCAUUGGCGAUCAGGCCUUCGACCCCAAACCGCUGAUUCGAACCUUUGAGCACGCGCAACGCCGCCUCGUUGAGCUAUCUGGAGACCUUGAGCUUCGCGAAAAUGAGCUUUCAGCUGCGGUUCGGAGAGCCGAGGCCCAGCACUCUCAGAAUACGACAACCUUGGGCCGCAAGCUUAACCAGGCUAUUGAGUCUUUCCAGAAACUUGACACUUCUUUAAAUGGGCCACGCGGUGUUGUGAGCGACUUAUCCGGAAGCGGCAACGCUGCGGUUGAAACCGGCCGGCGGCUGGAGGAGCUAGACCGUCAGAGACGCAGGGCGCUGGAUGCGCAUUUUCUCAUUGAGUGCUGGGAUGAAGUCAGCAAUCGUGGUGAGGUGACUCUACUGGAAAACAUGAGAAGAACAGGUGGAGGAGAAGGAAUGGUCAGAUCCGCGCACAUCGCUCGUCAGUUACUGCGCAUCAGUCAAAGGCUGGAUCCGUCAAGCUGGAGCGAGGCGAAUGGGAAUGGCGAGACACCGCGGUUGAACGGCGAGACGAAACAAACUACGCGAGAACUUAUCGAGAAGUUCUCUGAGACUUUAGAAAAGGACCUUUUAAAACAAUUUGACGACUUUUAUCGAAGAGCUAAUUUCGAAGGAAUGAGGGAGUGCGCAAAAGUUCUGCACGAUUUUAGUGGCGGCUCGAGUGUUAUUGGCCUCUUCGUCAACCAACACCAAUUCUUCAUCGACCGCAGCCAGCUGAUAAAUGAUGAAACUGUUGGUGACCCCGACACGUGGGAGAAAUUGGCAGAUCCCGAUGCCGAGCCUCCAGGUGUGGAAUCGAGCCUUCAGUCGCUAGUCGAUGAGGUUAAAGUGGUCGUACAAGAAGAAUCGGGUAUCAUCAAACGGAUAUUUCCCUUCUACGAGCAAGUUCUAGGAACAUUUGUCCAGCGGGUCUUCCAGCAAUCUAUCCAACAGCAACUCGAACUGGUCUUGGAGAAGGCUAGCAGUGUCUCUUCACUCGCGUUUUUGAGAUCUUUACAAACGGCCCGUGCUUAUAUUAGUGGUUUGGUGGAUGACUUGAAGGCCCACGGGCUGACUGAGCACCCGGACGCAAUAUCCUCCCAGACAGCCACCGUCUUAGAUCAGCAGCUCGAAGAGCUUUUUAUUCCUUACUUCACUGGUUAUAUUGAACGGGAGAGAGGAAAUUUGGAAGAGGAGUAUACUUCUCUCCUAUUUAAGUUUUCUACUUUUCAUGUCCGCCGGAAGAAAACCCCAACUACAUUCAUAUCUUCCCUUGCGAAAUCCGGUAGCGAACUGAUAGCUUCGGCCAGGGAUGCCUAUUUAAGCCGACUAGAUACUUCUGACUUUACACCGACUCAGAGGAAGAUGUUGCUUCGUGUUGCUGGCUUAAAAGAAACCGAUGAUCAAAAACAAGCCGAAAUCGAGCUUACGAACGAAGACGGCCAGUUGAACAUCGGCUUUGCGAAACGUAUGCUCAAAUGGCUUGCAGAAGGCGUUGGCCGAGGCCUAGAAUUAAACGUAGGCAGUGAAACGCCUAAGGAUGUGGCUGGUUUAUUGAAUAUGCUUCUUUCCAUGAUGGGUGAAGGAUAUCUCGAAAUGGCUCUGGAUGCAUCCCUCGAGUCCGCCAUCUCGCAAGAGUCCGGUAAAUCUGAGCCCGAGUUUGAGUAUCUCUCGACUUUGCGCACGGCUGUUAACAUCACUCACCUUAUGCUCACCUGUAUAAACACUGUUUUAAUUCCGCUGGCCGCCUCCAAUAUUACGAUACGCAGAGAUAUGGACAAAAAGACAGGGUUUGCGAUCAGUCGUAUCGAAGAGAAAGUCAAUUUAAUAGAACAGAAAACAGUAGAUGGCGUUCUUGCUUGGAUCUCUCGCGUGCUUUCAAGCCAAAAGAAAAAUGAUUUUCGGCCUAAGGAAGGUCUGGCGGAAACCGGCUGGUUGGAAAUGCUGCAAACUCCGACAUGUGCUUCUAUAUCCGGUUUUCUUUCUCGCCUCCAGGGCGCUGCUAUCACUUCUCUCCCAAGCAGCGACAAGAAUAUAAAAAUAUUCCUCACCGAAAUUGCUCUCGGAACACGUACCUUGCUCUUGGAGCAUUUUAAGAAAUUUCCUGUUAAUGGGCCGGGUGGUCUCAUGGUCACUAAAGACAUGACUCGAUAUACAGAAUUGCUUCGAUCCUGGGAUAUCGAUGAUGGGGUCAAGGGUGUUGGUGGCACCCUUGAUGUACUAUUGGAAGUUGGUAGUCUAUUCGUCGUUGGCCCGGAAGCCCUAAGGGAACGGGUUCGCGCCGGGACUACCGGUGGCUCAGGCGGCGGCAGUGGCGGUGGUGCAGGAAGCUCGCAAAGCAAAUCCAACGCUGGUUUGAGCGUACAAGAAGUCCGCGCAUAUGUUCUACGCCGCGAAGAUUCAGGGAGCGUUGCGAUGCAGAGCGUUUUAAAUGCUCUCUGA